CCUGGAGAGGGUUUCAGCUCUUUACCAAAUAUGGCCGGUGUGGGGCGUGGGAUUCCUCGCGCUGUGAUGUAGGUACCGUGGAAGGGGGUGUAAGCACGGAAACUCAGCGCUUUCCGAGAGCAUGACCAUUAACUCCGAGCCGAAAAAAAGAAUAUGUGACACACGUCAGCGGAGUUUGUGACAAGCAGCUGCUACAGGAUCUCACUUUAACACUUUGCUGAACUACAAAUUCCCUUAAACUCCUGACCGAUUGUGACAUCCCAUCAUGCCAUUGGUUGUGUUUCCCACCUCCCAGCUGCUAUGGGUGCGUGUAGCUGCCCUGUUGUUCACCUGCGUCUCGUUCAGUGUGGUAGCUCAUGGAGGCAUGCUGCCCUCCGGAGGCAUGGCUGACUGGUGCAUCUUCUGCUGGGCGUUCAGCUUCGCCUGCACCCUGCUGGUCCUGCUGGUGGAGCAGUUUGGCCUCCAGGCCCGAAUCCCUGUAUCCUGGUCCAACUUCCCCAUCACUGUUGCCUGCUACGGAGCCCUCCUCUGCCUCUCUGCAUCCAUCAUCUUCCCAGUGUUCUUCGUUAAGGACCAACAGAACAGAGGUGUGGCUUAUGACCAUCGCAUCGCCUCCACAGUUUUCUCCUGCCUGGCAACGGUGGCCUACUUGUGGGAGGUGAGCCUGUCCAAGGCCAGGCCAGGAGAGGUGGCAGGUUACAUGGCUACUGCUCCAGGCUUAAUGAAAGUAUGCCAGACCUUUGUGGCCUGCAUUAUAUUCAUCCUGGUCAGCGAUCCUGUGUCAUACACCCAGCAUGCAGCACUGAAGUGGUGCAUGGCCGUGUACUGCAUCUGCUUCAUCCUCUCCAUGGCCGUGGUGGUGCUGUGUGUGGGAGAGUGCACCGGCUGUCUCCCCAUCCCAUUCUCUAAGUUUCUUUCAGCGUACGGCCUCUUGGCUGUUAUCAUGUAUUUGACGGCCACCAUCAUCUGGCCUGUGUUCCAAUUUGACAAGCAGUACCAGUACCAGUACCAAUCCAAUAAACUGAUUGCUGUUGCUGUGUUCACUGCCCUCAACUUCCUCCUGUACCUCGCUGACUUGGCCUACACCGCCAGAUUAGUUUUUGUCAGCGUCUGAAAACAGAUGCAGAAAAGAGCUUGAGUGGCAAAAAAAAUUAUACAACGCUUUCAUAUUUUUUUCUUUACAAUGCUGAAAAUUAGAUGUGUUGAUGUGACAAAGCAGCCAAAGACAAAGAAUAUAUGUAUAUGUUUGUGCUCUGAUGGAUGCAGGACAGUAUUUAACCUUCAAUGUGAAAUGAUCUGUGUCAACAAGUAUAACAUGAGUGAAAAAUAUCUAAAUAUGGAAGUUUUCCAGGACAGUGUAACGAGAAAAAAGGAAAAGGUCAACCCACUGGAACAUAAGGGAAAGAGGAUAAGCAUUUUCAUCACAGCUCAACACAAAAUAAUUUUCAUUCUUUUUUUUUUUACUUUUUGUUACUUUUAUAACAAAAUAUCAGUAUUAAAAUAUUUGAAAUGAUGUUAUUGCAAGAAAUGAAGUGUUAAAACAAGAAGCCAAUAAAGGUAUUUACUGU